GGCGCUGCUAAAUGUGCUGCUCGUACUAAUUACUCAUUUUUCACGACACAUGAAGCCUGAAGUAACGAGUGAAGAGGAGCAGCUGAAAUUAAAAGUGACUGAGCUCCUUCACACAGUGAUGAGCUGCAGCUCCUGCGUUCUGUCUUGGAUCUAAAUCUGUCGCUAUCUUUCCUAUUUUCAGAUCAUCUGGAGUCAACUUCCAGCUUUUUUUAUUUCGAUUCUUCACACAGUGGAAUUAUUUUUCUAACAAAGGCUUGUCAAGCACAAAUACUGCCAGGAUGUGGUCUUGCAUCACAGACUUCUUCACCUAUGAAACCACUAAGUCGGUGGUUGUGAAAAGUUGGACUAUUGGAAUCAUCAACCGUGUUGUCCAGCUCCUCAUCAUCACUUACUUCAUUGGAUGGGUGUUUCUCACUGAGAAGGCCUACCAGAUUAGAGACACGGCGAUUGAAUCCUCUGUGAUGACCAAGGUCAAAGGCUUUGGAAUCUACAAUAACAAGGUUAUGGAUGUAGCAGACUACGUCACUCCUACACAGGGAGCUUCGGUGUUCUGCAUCAUCACUAAACUGAUUACUACAGAGAACCAAGUCCAAGGAUACUGUCCUGACAGUGAAAAAAGAAAGUUUCUUUGUACAGACGACAGAAACUGCACAAAGCACAUCAAUAAGCCGGCAAGUUAUGGAAUUGCUACAGGGAGGUGUGUUCCUUUUAAUGCCAUGAUCAAGACGUGUGAGAUUAAGGGUUGGUGUCCUGCUGAGAUCGACACCAUCAAGCCCACACCAAUGAUGGAAACAGAAAAUUUCACCAUCUUCAUCAAAAACAGCAUCCGCUUCCCGACCUUCAACUACACCAAAGGGAACUUCCUUCCUAACAUCACGAAAAAAUAUAUCAGUGAGUGUAACUUUGACAUGGUCAACAACACCUACUGCCCGAUCUUCAGAGUGGGAGAUGUCGUCCGCUACGCCCAGCAGAACUUCACUAAUCUGGCAGAACAUGGAGGAGUGAUUGGAAUAAAGAUCGGCUGGAUGUGCGAUCUGGACAAGUCGGAUGACCACUGUAACCCCUCGUACUCAUUCACCCGACUGGAUGCUAUGUCACAGAACAACACUGUCUCACCUGGCUACAAUUUCAGAUUUGCAAAGUAUUUUAAGAUGGAAAAUGGGACUGACUACCGCACUCUGGUCAAAGCCUAUGCUAUCAGGUUUGACGUCUUGGUCAAUGGAAAUGCAGGAAAGUUCAACAUGAUCCCUACACUCAUUAACAUGGUUGCAGCCUUUACAUCAGUGGGAGUGGGAACAGUGCUGUGUGACAUCAUACUGCUCAACUUCCUGAAAGGUGCGGAGCAAUACAAGGCCAAGAAAUUUGAAGAGGUGUCCGACAACCCAUCCGAAGGCAAUGGACUGUAUCGUUCCCAACUGUCUCUCAGACAAACCAUGACAAAGUCCAAUGACUCAGGGGCAUUUUCUAUUGAACCUUACAGCUAAAUGGACAGCAUACGUGUUUAUUUCAUGUUUUAUUAUCCAGCAGUACCAAGGUGAAACCAUGUCUUUAUGUUGUUAGAGAUAAUACGUAGAAUGCUGAAUUAUUGCUGCUUUGCACUGAUUCAAGUUGGAUACAAACAAGGACAAAGACAUAAAAUGAAAACAAAAGCAUGACUAUCUUUGCAUGACUAUCAUUUGGCAUGCGACAGGAGCUCAGGAUUUCUGAUGUGGUCUGGCUUUUGAAAAGAAAUGAGAACUGACUGAAGUUACCGUUUUAACA